CAAACAGUUAUGGUCUCCAAGUGGCUGCGCAUCUUGGUUCUAUUUCUUCUGGGUCUUGCAACCUCGCGGGCCUCCCUAUUUCGCUCCGAGUCGCCGAAACCACAGUUGAGCUGGUGGCACAAACAGUACUACCAGUCGCUAUGGCAACAGAGGCUGCGGUUUACGACGACUCCCCGGCCAGGAGCCACUCCCGAAUCGGAUGAAGCCAGAUUGGUGUAUCCCUGCUACUGCUACAAGCCAACUCCCGAGGGCUUGGCCACUGCCAGUCCGGUGGAGCAGCGAAUGAUUGAGACCAAGGAAAUAUUCUUCUUGAACAAAUAGUGAGAUGUGCGGUAAUGAUGUAUGUACACAACGAUAUGUAGUCGAAAUAAAACAGGUAAAGUGUUCAUUAGGAAAAAGUAAAUAAACUCGUUGCGGGAUUUCCGUACAAUCUGUC